GCUAAUCUCCCCCAAUUCUUCUCCUUCCGCUUCUCUCUCGUUCGACGACGGCUGCCCUUCGCCGGAGAAACUAAGGUCCGGUCGAUCUCUCCUCUUCCGACGCCGCCUCUAAUUUUUUUUUUUUUCCUUUUUUUUUGGGGGGCUGGUGGUACACUGUAUUUUGAUUUCACUGGGUUCAUUUCACCAAUCGAGGGCGUCCUGGCUGACGUGGCGGGAGGGAGGGUCAGGAUGCUGAGCGAACCAGAGAAGAAGCUAAGCUCGGCGGGGAAGCGGAAGGGCCGCGAUCAGGGCGAGGCCCAAUCCGUGGCGGAAACGAAGCGAGCUCGGGCCGAGAUCGAGGCCACGGCCCAGGGGAAGGACAACAGGCUCCUCGCCGGCUUCCUCGCGCACGAGUUCCUCUCCGGGGGCACGCUGCUCGGGCGGCGGUGGGAUCCGUCGAAGGGUGCCUUCGAGCAGGGCAUACUUCCACCGGCCUCCGGCGCGUACAGCCAGGCGUCGUACUUGUUGCUGAAGGCGGAGGGAACCCACAUCCCCGGCGUGGUGAACCCUAGCCAGCUCGCCAGAUGGCUUCAAAUGUGAGCGAGGGGGAACUUGAAUCAAACUAAAAAAAACAGAUGAAUGUUAAAGACAUACAAAGUCCAGGAGGUGGAACUCCAGAUAGAUGGAAGCCAAGUGGUGGAAUUCCUCGCAUGUGGAAUUCGAAGAAGUCUUGGCAAGUGGAAGUGUAUGGAGGACGGAGUCAACGUAGGUCCAGUCUGGGCAGUACUCCGCCCCAAAAUAAAAAUAAAUUAUUAUAC